GAUGCCGAUCAUGAAAAUAAAUGUUGAUGUAAAACAAGUUAUCAAUUUGUUCGCAGCAGUCGUUAAUGUGAAUUUCUUUCGACUGGUUCUUCGUUGCAGUCACAGUAAAUAUCUUUGUGACACCGUUUCGACUUGAUCACGACUUGUAUUCAGUAUGGAGGAGAAAAAACAAUAUUUUGAAAAUAUAUCUCGAGUACUUGAACGAGGUUUGAAGGUGAACAAUAAAACUGAAGAGGAUUUGAAAGAAAAUAUUAUGAUAGUGAAAAAAUGGGUGGAAACACAACCACACCUACCAGAAAUGCCAGAUGACCACAUGAUUACAAGUUUCCUGAUAAUGAACAAGUUCAGCGUUGAGAACGUUAAGCAAAAAAUUGAUAUGUAUUACACUAUGAGAUCUUUGUAUCCAGAUUAUUUCGAAAACAAGCACCCUCUUUCUCCUUGCAUGCAAGACACCAUGGAUAAAAUGUGCUUUAUACCAAUGCCAAAAGCAACAGAUGAGGAAUAUCGAGUGAUUAUUUUUUGUAUAUUUGAAGAGAAUGCAGAUUUGAAUAUCAUCAAUUUUUAUUCUCUCUUAUACAACGUAAUCGAAGUGAGAAUGAAAGAGGAUUACAAUGUUGGUGAUAUUAUGGUCUACGAUUGCAAAAAUUUGAAUUUGGGACAUUUAGCACAAUGCACUCCUACGCAAAUAAAAAACUAUUCUACAAUAUUAGAGAAAGCAUUCAACAACAAUAUCAAACAGAUACAUCUACUCAAUUAUCCAUCGUUUGCUGAACCCGUUAUAAAUCUAGCAAGAAGACUUUUAAAUCCCAAGAUCGCACAAAGGUUCUUUUUCCAUAAAUCAACUGAUACUAUACAGGACUAUGUUUCAAAAGAUAUCUUGCCUAAGGAUUAUGGUGGCACUGGUCUCACAUUGAGAGAAUAUAAUGAAAUCUGGAGGCAAAAAUUCACAGAUUACAAAGAAAGGUUUGAUAUUCUGAACACACUGCGCGUGAAUGAAGAGCUCAGACCCUCUCCUCUGAUAAAUGACGAAGUUUUAGGAUACUACGGACAUUUCAAGAAAGUUGCUAUAGAUUGAACAUAUAUGAGCUGGGAGAUGGAGCAUAUUCAUUUGGUUUCUUUUUUUUUGUCGUUGGAAAUAAUUUGAACAUUCGAAUUGUUUUUCUGUUGAUGAACUUAAAUAAAAACGUACAUAUCAUGAAUUCUGAAUAG